AUGUCGUCAUCACCAUCUCGCGGUUCACAAGGAACUACCCCACCGCUACCAGGAAUGUCGUCAUCGAAGUCUAUUGGUACACAAAGUACCGGUCAACCACCACAAGGAAUGACGUCAUCCCCAUCUUUUGGUUCACAUGGUACUACCCGACCGCUGCCAGGGGUGUCGUCAACGAAAUCUAUGGGCACACAAAGUACUAACCAAGCGCCAAAAGGAGUAACAUCAUCUUCAACGGAUUCCACACGUGGUACUACCAAGUCAUUACAUGGAAUGACGUCCUCACCAAUUAGCGGCUCACAAGUAACAACCCAACCGCCACCAAGAAUAUCGUCAUCGAAGUCUACUGGUACACAAGGAACCUCCCAAUCACCACAUGGAAUGACAUCAUCCUCAGCUUCUGGUUCACAUAGUACUACCCAACCACUACUAGGAAUGUCGUCAACGAAAUUUAUGGUCACACAAAAUACAAACCAAUCGCCAAAUGGGAUGACAUCAUCUCCAUCCGUUUUUACACGUGGUACAACCCAAUCGUUAUAUGGAAUGACGUCAUCACCAUAUCGCGGUUCACAAGGAACUACCCCACCGCUACCAGGAAUGUCGUCAUCGAAGUCUAUUGGUACACAAAGUACCGGUCAACCACCACAAGGAAUGACGUCAUCCCCAUCUUUUGGUUCACAUGGUACUACCCGACCGCUGCCAGGAGUGUCGUCAACGAAAUCUAUGGGCACACAAAGUACUAACCAAGCGCCAAAAGGAGUAACAUCAUCUUCAACCGAUUCCACACGUGGUACUACCAAGUCAUUACAUGGAAUGACGUCCUCACCAAUUAGCGGCUCACAAGUAACAACCCAACCGCCACCAAGAAUAUCGUCAUCGACGUCUACUGGUACACAAGGAACCCCCCAAUCACCACAUGGAAUGACAUCAUCUUCAGCUUCUGGUUCACAUAGUACUACCCAACCGCUACUAGGAAUGUCGUCAACGAAAUUUAUGGUCACACUAAAUACUAACCAAUCGCCAAAUGGGAUGACAUCAUCUCCAUCCGUUUCUACACGUGGUACAACCCAAUCGUUACAUGGAAUGACAUCAUCACAAUCUUCUGGUUCAACCCGACCGCUACCAGGAAUGUCGUCAACGAAAUAUAUGGGCACACGAAGUACUAACCAAGCGCCAAAUGGGAUGACAUCGUCUUCAUCCGUUUCUACACGUGGUACUACCCAGUCUCCGCAUGGAAUGACGUCAUCACCAUCAAAUGUUGCACAAGGCACAUCAUCUCCGCCAAAUAAGAUGACGUCUUCACAUAUUAAUGGUACAUCUGGUAUUACACCACCUGCAAACGGAAUGUCGUCAUCACCAUCUCGCGGUUCACAAGGAACUACCCCACCGCUACCAGGAAUGUCGUCAUCGAAGUCUAUUGGUACACAAAGUACCGGUCAACCACCACAAGGAGUGACGUCAUCCCCAUCUUUUGGUUCACAUGGUACUACCCGACCGCUGCCAGGGGUGUCGUCAACGAAAUAUAUGGGCACACAAAGUACAAACCAAGCGCCAAAAGGAGUAACAUCAUCUUCAACCGUUUCCACACGUGGUACUACCAAGUCAUUACAUGGAAUGACUUCCUCACCAAUUAGCGGCUCACAAGUAACAACCCAACCGCCACCAAGAAUAUCGUCAUCGAAGUCUACUGGUACACAAGGAACCUCCCAAUCACCAAAUGGAAUGACAUCAUCCUCAGCUUCUGGUUCACAUAGUACUACCCAACCGCUACUAGGAAUGUCGUCAACGAAAUUUAUGGUCACACAAAAUACAAACCAAUCGCCAAAUGGGAUGUCAUCAUCUCCAUCCGUUUCUACACGUGGGACAACCCAAUCGUUACAUGGAAUGGCGUCAUCACCAUCAGCGGUUCACAAGGAACCACCCCAACGCUACCAGGAAUGUCGUCAUCAAAGUCUAUUGGUACACAAAGUACCGGUCAACCACCACAACGAAUGA